GCAAGUAAGCCAGUCAGCAGCGCCUGUGAUGUGACUCUCAAACAACACGGUAGUAGCGACUGAGACACGGUGGGGAAGAGUGGAUAAAACAGUGAAGUUAAUUUGAUUUUUGAGUUUUCGAGUUACAUAUUUCGAUUUGGCCAUAAACAAUGGCGUCAGCUGGGGAUCGUGCUAUUCUGAAUUCAAUCUUCAAUCCUCUGUUACCUGUGGGCGAGUGUGUGUUUGAAGAGGAUAUCCCAAAGGAAUUAAAAGACCCCGAUGAUGCAUCUCCAGACUGUGCUGAGGCCAAAGAGCAGGAGGUUUUGGGAGUGAAAGCAGCAGAAGCAGGAGACGUAGAGGGCGCCCUUGUUCAUUUCAACAGAGCCAUUGAGAUAACCUCCUACAGACCGUCCGGCUAUAACAACAGAGCCCAAGCUUUGAGGCUGCAGGGCAAGGUUGAAGAGGCAAUGGCAGAUCUCAACACAGCAAUAGAGCUCUCCAAAGGCAAAGGACGAGCUGCCUGCCAAGCAUUUACACAAAGGGCCAUGAUCCAUCGCCUGCAGGGGAAUGAUGAUUUGGCAAGGGAAGAUUUCCAGGCUGCUAGCAAUCUCGGCUCAGAAUUUGCCAAAGCACAGCUUGUGCAAAUGAAUCCGUAUGCAGCUCUGUGCAAUAAAAUGUUGCACGAUGUAUUUAGCAAACUCCAGCGUGGCGAGUGUGCAGGUGUCUGAUGUCCCUUCAUCAAGUUAUGUUUCAUCAAGGGAGAAAAACUACAACUUCACUGUCACAAGGACCUUUUGCAGUGACUUUACUUGUUAAUUUCAACAAGCCCAAGAAAUUUGAAAUAAUUUGUAUAUUACAUUUAUAUAGUGUCCAAGUGAUGUUUUUUGGGGGCUUACCAAAACAUCUUUUACAUAUUUACUCUAACAUUGUGUGAAGUUCCAUUGAGUGUACAUUUAAAUGUUACAUUUACAUUAGAUACAUAAAUUUGAGAAAAUAGCCUCGAUAUAAUGUAUGCAAAGAAAAACUUUUUUUAUACUUAUGGGGAAAACUGCAAGAAGAUAGAGUUUGAUAUGCAAACAAAUAGAUUCUUAUUGGAUUCAGGAUUCAUUAUAUUUACUUUGUCACAGAAUCUUUUAAUAUUGAAAAAUAUAUUUCUUCUAACAUAUAUUUGCUGGACCUCAUACUAAAAUCUCUCCAGAGAACAAAUCUUAGUUUAUACUGUCCAUUAAUUAGGAACAGGUAGUUGCAUGUGUAAGAUGCUGUGUAAAGGUUUGUGUAAAUCACUGUUAUAUAUAUAUUUUGUGUAUAAAAUAAUUUUCAGAAAUUAUUAUCUCUAAGACCAAAAGCACGUGUAGUCCCUAUUUCUGAUACUUCAUAAAUAAAGUUGACUAUGUC